AUGGAGGAGUCACAUUUUAAUAAUUCAUCCUAUUUCUGGACUCCUGUAACCACUGUUGCAGGACAGGUGGAUAAGAAUGGUUCCUUUGUUACCUCCGUACCUCAUUAUCAGCCUGCGGUGGUCACAAUUCCAGCUCCUGGGGCCAAGAUGGAAACCUCAAACCAACCGGGUCGAGUCCAAAAUCACCAAACCCCACACAGCACACAGAAUAUCACAGUGCUCCCCGUCUCAACCACAAGCAUCAUGGCAGCAGGAGGCCUGGUCAUCACGACGCCGCAGGGGACUUUGCUAACACAAAACGCACCUCAGUCGUUUGUCUCUGGUCCCGGAGCUACGAUGGUGGUGUCCUCCCUGCAUGCUACAAACACAGAUAAAAAAGCAACUCCUUCAAAACGAGGGAGAAAAAAGAAGACUACCAGAAUUGGUCCUGGAGGAGAGACUAUAAUUUUGGCUCAGCUUACACCUGAUGGACAGGUGACACCAGUGGAAGCAGACCCAUAUGACUUAUCUCAUGAGGAGGAUAUCCCAGGAACAAAAGACAGCACCAAAACUUACAGGUGCCGGAUGUGCGUGGCGACCUUCUUCAGUAAGUCUGACAUGCAGAUCCACUCCAAGUCGCACACAGAGGCCAAACCGCACAAGUGUCCGCACUGCGCCAAGUCAUUCGCCAACUCCAGCUACCUGGCCCAGCACAUCCGCAUCCACAGCGGAGCAAAGCCGUACUCGUGCUCCUACUGCCAGAAAUCUUUCAGGCAGCUCAGUCACUUACAGCAGCACACACGGAACCACACUGAGUCAAAGCCUCAUAAAUGUCCUCAUUGCACAAAGUCGUUUGCUAACUCGAGCUACCUGGCCCAGCACUACCGCAUCCACACCGGAGUGAAGCCGUACGCCUGCACCGUCUGCGAGAAGUCCUUCAGGCAGCUCAGCCACCUCCAGCAGCACAACAGGAUCCACACAGGAGACCGGCCGUACAAGUGUAUUCAUCCAGGCUGUGAGAAAUCAUUUACACAGCUGUCGAAUUUGCAGUCACACCGACGUCAACACAACAAGGACAAACCCUUCAAGUGCUCCAACUGUAACAAGGGCUACGUGGACGCGGCCAGUCUGGAAGUCCACAUGGCGACGCACACGGUCAAACACGCCCGUAUCUACUCCUGCGGCCUCUGCAACCGCUCCUACACAUCAGAGACCUAUUUGGUGCGACACAUGGAGAAACACAGCGCAGACCAGUUACCUUCAGCGGCAGGUCAAGCUAGCCAGCGAAACCAGGGCAGCAGUGGCAACCAGGAGGACUGCAAGCCGGAUGGAGCGUCGUCCAGUCGUCCCGGAGCAGCUGUGGCUACGGGAGCAAGCGGGGUGGCUAUGCAAGGAGGACAAGCGCAGAGUAACUAUCAGCAGACGGAGAGCGUGCCAUGCGCCUUUGAUAUGCAACAGUUUAAGACUGUAGCCGCGAGUGACAUUCAAUACAAGCCACAAAAUGUGUCUGAAAUCACUGCUCACAAAGACUUGUGCCUCACGGUGUCGGCGUCCACGAUUCAAGUGGAGCAUCUAAACUCGUAG